AUGAUUCUCUUAUUCUACAUCACGGAUAGCGCCGGCCGCAAGCACCGCCUUUCGACUCUCUGUGGACCCUCCACGACUGCUGUGGGCGCCAUCAACCAGCUUCGCCUCAAACUUUCUAUUCCCACAGAGGUAGACGUGAAGUUGCAUCUUACCAGCGAUGUCCCCAUUCGACACUUGACCGCUCCUCUGACAAGUCUUCGAAAGCAACGCAGUGGCAGCGCGAAGGUUCUGCGCAUCCCUCUGUGGGCCGCACUGAGCGGUCCGGAAACCUCCAUCAACGAAAUAGACUACAGCACCGCUGAUGUCGAGGAUGAGAACGACGCCGAAGCGGAGGAGGACGAGUGGAAGGACGGCUCGAGAAGCGUAUCAAACGCGUCCUCACGACGCAUCAGUAGCCCCAUGGGGAGCACAACCAAUGGCACUCUGCCCAUGCAUGUUGUCUUCUCUGCAUCCCCGCCGAAGAUGUCACCUGUGCCCGUGCAAGCCAAGCGUCCAACCGCCGCCACUCAUUCGAGACCGAAUCGAAUGCCAACAAGCAGCCCACACGAGAGGCCGGAAAAGACACCCGAUCCAUUGGCAGUCAGUGAGGCGAAGAGAAGUGUUUUCUCUGAGACCACUCCUGCUACCACCUCCCUUGCAGCAACGCUGUCACUCGUAAUAAAGCGUCGCAGCUCCCUUGAGGCGGCUGCGUUGGAGGCUCAGGGACCUCUCUCAUCCCGCGGACCGGUGCGUUGUUUGCCAAACAAAUUCGCUCUCCGGCUGCAGGACGUGCCACAGACGACGCGGCACACGCCGCAGCAUUCAGCCGUGAGUGUUUUGGCCAGCUGCACACGUGCUGAUUCAACCAGCAGGGCUGUCGGACUCUACAAGACCGGUUACGCGCGUCGUGAUACCGCCGUCAGCCAGAUCAUGCUCCGUGAGUAUCCGAAGGUAAUCCCCCGCGAUCCAAGGAAUAUCGUGCUGGCCGUGAAAGACGAUGCGCGGCUGGUGUCGUGCACACAUAAUCCCAACUUUUCCUGCUCGUCCGACUUUGAUAGCCUCGGUGACGCAACCUACGCACAGUACCUCUCAAUCGGCCACACACACGGACAGGAGCUUCACGCCCGCUCGCUACCUGCUGGACCUCUGCUAGCACUCUACGGAGAGCUAGGCACGUUGCGGCACAGCUGCUGCCCAACUGCGGCCGUCCACUACGACUUAUUCACUGCACCGUAUGCUGGAAGCUGUCGCUGCGCACUGUUGGAGGGAAUUUGCCGCGGUGAGGAGAUCACAUAUCUCUACAAACACGCCGACUCCCUCGCCUUCUUACUCCUUUCUCGUGACCGACGCCGCAACAUCCUCCAACAGAAGUACUUCAUGGACUGUGACUGCCCUCGCUGUAGUGAGACACUGGAGAACACCACCGCUUCCGCCGCUGCUACCUCGACACCGACCAUAGAUACAACGAUAACGGUAGCUAAAGUGAAGCCGAAGAAGAUCGCGACGAGGACCAAGGCGCAGCUGGAAGCGGAGCUGACUUUAACCGGGGUCUUCUUCACCGACUCGGACGUCGACCGCGAUGCUGCGAAGCAGAGGGAGCUGACGCAGGAGAUGCACAAGGACUUCGAGACGCUCCAAAUCAUGGACGACUCCGGUGUUGAGAUCAAUCUCACCCCCGGAGGCAACGUACCUCCCGCUCAUCGAACGAAGCAGUGCAACCGUCUUCUCGGUUUCUUGCGCAAGUACGGCAGCACAGAGUCCGUUCUUCGUCUUCAUGAGCACCACUGGCGGCUCAAUCUCGUGCGCGCGGCUUAUGUCCAGGAGACGGUGCGGCUUUGUGCUGUGAAGGGUGCCACACCGGUUGCACGACAGCGGGACCCCAGCAGCAAGACACUCUUCGUUCCGACCAAGACCGUCUACGACGUUUGUCUGACGCAGCUUGGGGCGGAGGGACUCUUCAUCCCACCUGGACACCCCCACAGCCUCACCACGUACGAGUCUUACCUUUACCUUCUCGCGAUUCUGCCCCCCGCAAUUGCGCAGGCAACGGCACGCUCCGCGGAAAACGCGCCGAACAUCAAAUGGCAACAGCUACAGAAGACGAGAGAAGUGUGGGGUGUACUGAAGCGAGCCGCGCUGCCACCAAAUAUUCAGAAGAUCCUGCUGCCCAAGGAGCAGCAGUUGCCGCCUACACCGCCGGAGUCUACACCGUCAUCAGCACGGGAGCCACUUGCGCUGGUUGAGCAAUAG